CACUUUUCUUUACUUCUUUACUCUUCCUCCCCUUCUUUCUCCCUUGCUUAUCUGUAUUUGUGUAUUUGUGUAUGCAUUUGUCAAUCUGUAACCCUUUUCUUUCUUUUCCCUUGUCUCUCCCUGAAUUCGAUUCCAUUUUUCUCGUGUAGACUCUCACUUUCGACAGCUUACUCUCGACUCUCAAUUCUAACGCUCUCCUACUUCACUUCUCAACUUCCUUCUUCCUCACUCUCCUAUUCUUCUGUCAUCUCCUAUUCUCCUUUCAAGACAUUCAAUCCGGCUCGCUUUCUACAUUUUAUUUUCUUUCCUUUCCUUCCUUUCCUUUCCUUUCCUCUCCUUAUCCUUUAUUAUUAUUAUUAUCUUUUUUUUCUUUUCUUUUCUUUUUUUUUUCUUUUAUAAUACAUUAUGACAUAUCGUCGCAAUAGCCCUCCGAUUGCUGAAGAAUCGGCCGUCUCUGCAUUUGCACCUGCACCUGUAAUGACUGGGUCUGGAGCAAACAGCAACAGCAGCUCCAGUCUUUCCAGUGUCAAUAGCCUCAAUAGUCUUCUCGCCUCAUCCAGCACAAUCACCACAACCGCAGCAGCCACUGCAUUAACAUCAGGCUCUUCUACGGCUGUCCUGGCCAAUGGCAAUACAAGCCCACUUGCUAAUACCUCUCCCACAUCCUCCACUUACUUCCCUACAUCCCCUGUCCGCAACAAAUCGAGGAGUAAGUUUGGACAUAUUAAAUGAUGAUGAGUAGAAGAGUCUUUCUUUUCUUUUUUCUUUAUUAUUAUUAUUAUUAUUAUUAUUAUUAUUAUUAUUAUUAUUAUUAUUAUUAUUAUUAUUAUUAUUAUUAUUUCAAUCUUGAGAGUGUUAUAG